AGCAUGACAGUUGGUUUGUCGUAUAUUUUGCAAGUAAUAUCGCUUGCUGUUUUUAGCUUCUCAAUUUAGAGAAUCUACUAGUGAAAAUGUUUCGUAAUCAAUAUGACAGCGAUGUCACAGUAUGGAGUCCACAAGGACGUCUACAUCAAGUAGAAUAUGCUAUGGAAGCAGUAAAAUUAGGAUCAGCUACUGUGGGCUUAAAGAAUCAAACACAUGCUGUUCUUAUUGCUUUGAAAAGAGCUUCUUCAGAACUAUCAGCCUAUCAGAAGAAGAUUAUACCGAUUGAUAAACAUAUGGGAAUUAGUAUUUCUGGGUUGACUGCUGAUGCAAGGAUAUUGAGCCGUUAUAUGCGUACUGAAUGCUUGAAUUACAAGUAUUCCCAUGAUGACACAUUACCUAUAGGCCGAUUAAUUGCAUCUUUGGGAAAUAAAAUGCAAACUUGCACACAGAGAUAUGAUAGACGUCCAUAUGGCGUUGGUUUACUUGUAGCAGGAUAUGAUGAUCAAGGGCCACAUAUAUAUCAGACGUGUCCUUCAGCAAAUUAUUUUGAUUGUAAAGCAAUGGCUAUAGGAGCUCGUUCUCAAAGCGCCAGGACAUAUUUAGAGAAACAUCUAAAUGAAUUUUUAACAAGUGAUCUUGAUGAGUUAGUGAAACAUGGUCUGAGAGCAUUACGCGAUACUUUACCUAAUGAAGUUGAUUUAUCUGUGAAGAAUGUAUCAAUUGCGAUAGUAGGAAAGGGUUAUGACUUUGCUAUUCUCGACGAAACCGCAACAGCUACUUACCUCUCUGAGAUUGAAGGAGAUGAUAAACGCGGCAGGCCUACGGAGCCAAGUGUGCAAGAUGAUAGUAGACCACCGCAGGAUCCGCCUGCUGAUGAUCCUGCUCCACAGGAUCCUCAAGUUGCUAUCGCCAUGGACACAGAUUAAAUAAUAACGUAAACUGUUUCUCUUUCUUUCUUUCUCUUUUUUUCUGUCUGUCGUAUACGAUUCAUAUAAAAAUUAAAACCGCAUUUUAUUGAAUAUUUAAAUUUUUUGUAACAAAGUAAAUAACACGAUAAAUAGAGAUAUUUACCAUCGGUUUAUCGGUUA